GGGGAGGGCAGUGACUGGGGUGGAGGAAAUUUGGGAGGAGUGUCCGGGGGGCAGCAACUUAAAAGUGGGUGGGAACUGCAGCUACGGAGACGUUCGCUGAUGGGAGCGCGAUGUAUGAGGGGCUACGGAGCCUCAGGUUUAAAAGAGCAGGAAGCUGAGUGAGAGCUAGGAGAAGAAGUGUCUUCGCGGAGGUUACAGGUGGUGUCUCGGGGCUCCGAGACAGCAGGCUGUAGGCGCGAAGAGAAUCAGAGUUGCGUGGAAGGGAGAGACAGCUUAGGGGGCUAGGGUACGGGGGCGAGGGGGAAGUUGGAGACUUUUUGAGGACUGGAAGGAAUGUGCCUCCUGGCCCUGGGUGCUUCCCCCCUGGGGGGCGGCAUCGCGAGGGACUUUGGCAGGCUCCUCUGAACGCCUGAGCGGUCCAGCCCCACGUAUGGAUCCUGGGAAUGAGAAUUCGGCCACAGAGGCUGCAGUGAUCAUAGACCUCGAUCCCGACUUCGAACCCCAGAGCCGUCCCCGCUCCUGCACCUGGCCCCUUCCCCGACCCGAGUUUGCUGUUCAGCCGUCCGAGUCUUCCGAGUCGUCUGAGCCGUCCGAGCCGUCCGAGCCGUCCGAGCUGUCCGAGCUGUCCGAGUCGUCCGAGCUGCCCGAGCUACCCGAGCUGCCGGAGCUGCCGGAGCUGCCCGAGCUGCCCGAGCUGCCGGAGCUGCCGGAGCUGCCGGAGCUGUCGGAGCCGUCCAAGGUGGAUCCAGACCCAGACCCAGGUCUGGGAAACAAGGUACACACGGAGGGGCACACAGAGCCAAUCCUGUUGCCCUCCCGGCUCCCAGAACCGGCAGGGGGCCCCCAGCCCGGGAUCCUGGGGGCUGUUACAGGUCCUCGGAAGGGAGGCUCCCGCCGGAAUGCCUGGGGAAAUCAGUCAUAUGCAGAGCUCAUCAGCCAGGCCAUUGAAAGCGCCCCAGAGAAGCGGCUGACACUGGCCCAGAUCUAUGAGUGGAUGGUCCGCACUGUGCCGUACUUCAAGGACAAGGGUGACAGCAACAGCUCAGCCGGAUGGAAGAACUCGAUCCGCCACAACCUGUCCCUGCACAGCAAGUUCAUCAAGGUCCACAACGAGGCUACUGGCAAGAGCUCCUGGUGGAUGCUGAACCCUGACGGGGGCAAAAGUGGAAAGACGCCCCGCCGCCGGGCAGCCUCCAUGGAUAGCAGCAGCAAGCUGCUCCGGGGCCGCAGCAAGGCGCCCAAGAAGAAACCAGCUGUGCUGCCAGCUCCACCCGAAGGUGCCACUGCGAUGAGCCCCGUUGGCCACUUCGCCAAGUGGUCAGGCAGCCCUGGCUCUCGAAACCGCGAGGAAGCCGAUGUGUGGACCACCUUCCGUCCACGAAGCAGUUCAAAUGCUAGCAGUGUCAGCACCCGGCUCUCCCCGCUGAGGCCAGAGUCCGAGGUGCUGGCAGCGGCGGCCGCCGCGGCUGUGGUGGUGGAGGAAAUGCCAGCCUCCAUCAGCAGCUUUGCAGGGGGGGUCCCUCCCCCGCUAAAGGAAGAUCUGGAGAUGUUAGAUGGGCUCAAUCUAACACCCUCCCAUUCCUUGCUGUCUCAGAGUGGUCUGCCUGGCUUCUCUUUGCAGCAUCCUAGGGUUCCGGGCCCCUUGCACGCCUAUAGCCCCUCCCUCUUCGGCCCAGGGGAGGGGUCGCUGUCAGCAGAAGGGUGCUUCUCAAGCUCCCAGUCCCUGGAGGCCCUGCUUACCUCUGACCCACCACCCCUCCCUGCUGAUGUUCUCAUGACCCAGGUGGAUCCCAUUCUGUCCCAGGCUCCCACACUGGUGUUGCUGGGGGGUGUGCCUUCCUCCAGUAACAUAGCCACGGGGAUCGGCCUGUGUCCCAAGCCCCCCGAGGCUGCAGGUCCCAGCGGUCUGGCUCCCCCGCUUCCGAUGGUAGAACCAUCUCUGGUCCUGGCGGUGGCUCCCGUCCCCAAGAGCCCGGAGUCUCCUGAGCCUGAACCCUCUAAUGAAGCUACAAGCCAACCCAGAUUGCCUCAGGAUCUAGAUCUUGACAUGUAUCUGGAGAACCUGGAGUGCGACAUGGAUAACAUCAUCAGUGACCUCAUGGAUGGGGACGGGGCACUGGACUUCAACUUUGAGCCAGAUCCCUGAGCCACGGCUGGAAGCUUUGUGCCCUGCCUCAGAGGUGGAGCCGGGGGUGCUCAUAUCCACUUUUUACCCCUGACCUCACCCGGGGAAUUUGGGAUCCUACUUUAGAGCUAGGAUGGGGUCUAUUCAUACAGGUGUCCAGGAGAGUAUAAAGAUAAAGCUGCCCCAUAUAGGAGCUGUGGGGGGAGGGGAAGGGAGGGAGUUUAUUCUCACUGUGCCAAUUAGGGGGUAGGCCCCCUCUCAGGAGCCAUCCUGGGCUUCCCCCAUUCCCACCCCCUAGGUUUUGUAGCAGGGGCGAGCAAUGCUGUUGGAAAUGUGAAGUCACCAGUGGCCUUACCUCUGCCUUUGGGAGCAGGAUUUUUUUUGUAGCAUCUUAUCUGAGCUGGUCCAGGCUAGGUUGAGCCUGGGGUUUGUAUGCAGUGGCCUCUUAGGCCAGUGGUGGGGGGUGGGGGGUGGGGUAGUAGAGACCUGGAAGGGCCAAGGUCUGAGCACUGGAGUGGCUCACCAGGCUAAAUGACCCUUGGAAGACUGCAGAUCACACAAAGGCUUUUUAUAAACUUUUAAGAACUAUAAACACAAAUAUAGAGAUUUUUAACAGUGGCAAGGUGCUAGUGAUGGAGAGAAUGCUUUUUUUUUUUUUUUCCUUUCUGAGGGCUUUGUCAUAGUGACAUGUUGCAAACACUACAGACAUCACUGGAGGAAACCUGGGGAGUGAGCAAGGGGAGGCACGCCCCCACGGCCCAGGUCUAGAACGAGGUCGGUGCAGAACUAGCUCAGAGUUUCCCCAGUGAAAAAGCUAAGCCACACGCCCGCCUUCAGCCACCUUGUGCCUAGGAGUGUGUGGUAUCAGGAUGCAGCCACACUCUCCCUUGACCCACUGUGGGCUAGCGCCGCAGUGGGGGAGCGCAUUGAAGGCCUGGAAUGAGUUUGUGGCCUGGGAAGCAGUGGGAGGGGGAAGAGAAGGAGGGAAGGAUUUAGGGUGGUAAAGUUAGGCACAGAGACCUCCCUGUUCAAGGCCCCUGACAGCUGUCCCUGCCCUUCUUCCCCCUUGCCUGACUACAGGGGUUAUGUGGAAGUGUGUGUGGUGGCGGGCAGGGGGAGGGGCGGGACAGAGAAGGGGGAGCUGGUGAGCUUGGCUGAGGGUCUGGGAAAUGAGCUGGGAUGGAGGGGAAUGUGGAUCAGGUUUACUAGCACCUGCCAGGGAGGCCAUCUGGGGCUCCUCCACCCCAGCCCCCAGAGCAGCCCCUCCCCCAGUCCCCUUUGCAUUGUCCCCUCCCCCGCCCCUGCUGUGGGUUCCCAUCAUUUCCUGUGUCAGUGCCUGGCCUACCCAGAUUGUAUCAUGUGCUAGAUUUGAGUGGGGUAGUGUGUCAAAUCAAUAAAUGAAUAAAUUCAAUAAAUGCCUAUAACCA